AUUUCUUGGUUAGUUUUGUCAGGAAUAACUGAAUGUGCGCAAAAAUAAAUACAGAAAAUAUGUGACAAUCCCGUACAAUAAAAGGUUUGCAGUCAAAACAAAUAUCCAGCCGGACUUUCUUCUUGAUCGAUAAUAUUUAAAUGGACAGCGUAUUCUUUCGUUCUUUUUGUUUUAACUGUUGAAUAUUUUUCUGCAAAGAGUGCAGAUUUGAUAUUCAUUUCUAUUUUAAAAUUAAAUAAUAAAAUUUAGUCUACUGGGAUAUUCAUUUUUUUACUUUAUGAUGGACGGAUCUUCUGACGACCCCUUAACCGAAUAUAAACUUCAGCUCUCAUCUGUGGAACAAGCUCUUAAAAAUGCAAGUGCAGAUAAUCAAGCUGACCUUUUAGAUUUAAAGGCAAAAUUAACAGAAGUUAUAUCUCUUUUGCAAGGUAAACCAGAUGAUUUAGAAACAAAUAUUGAUGAUUCAAAAACUGACAACAUUGCUGAUGAAUUUCUAAAAUUUCAACAAGAAAUUAAAGAAUUAGAAGGAGACAAACCUACCGUGAAUGAUGAUACUGGAACAGAUGAGGAGGCCAUUCACGAAGAAUUUUAUUCUGUUUUAUCUUCUAUGGAAGGCAAUAAAUGCAGAGCUCCAUUUGCCCAGGAGUGGGGAGAAAGAGGAUUUCAUAAUGCUAUCAUAUUCUCCACAGAUUUGGAGGAUCAGACAGUACAUAAUUUACAAGAUGUUAUGGUAAAAGUCAUGUUUUGCAAUCCUCUUUGUGAUCAAAUGAAACCAUGCCCUUUUUUCUUGGAUGGACAUUGUAAAUUUUCAGAUAACAAAUGUAGAUAUUCUCAUGGUUAUGGUGUUAAAUUCUCUGACCUUGAGGAAUAUAUUUUACCUGACUACAGCAACGUUCAAAGGGAUUCAAAAUGCUUAGCCAAAUAUAGAGAUGGUUUGUGGUAUACAGCCAUUGUGGAGAAUUGUUUAGAAGAUCAAAGAUAUUUUGUUAAGUAUGUCAAUUCAGGCAGUACUGAGACUCUAGAAGCCCAUGAAAUUCUCCCUCUAGGUGAUUUAACGUUAUCUGAUGAUGAUGAUGACGGCGGCGAUGACAGUAGUAAUGAUAACUCAUAUGAGGAUACAACUUUUGCUGAAGAAAUUUUGGAUCCAUCCAAGUCUUCUAAUGAAAUAAACUAUCAAGCAGUUCCUGCUGCAUCUACUAUUGGUUCUUGGGAGCAACAUACUAAAGGUAUCGGAUCUAAACUCAUGGCGAAAAUGGGCUAUGUGUGGGGCCAGGGCCUUGGUAAAGAUUCCAAUGGAAGAAUUGAUCCAGUAGAGGCUAUCGUGUUACCUAAAGGCAAAUCUUUAGAUAAAUGUGCUGAGAUGCGUGAGAUGGCCAACUUGCAAUCUGUGGAAGAAAGGUUUAGUUCAGAACAGAAGAAAGAAGAACAAAGAAAUAAGCUAGCAGAAUCACGAAUAAACUCUGAUGGUUCUGUAUUUGAUUUUCUCAACAAAAAUCUUUCUGGGAAAAGUGAUCGUUUCUGUGUUAAAAAUGGAGAUAUUUUAGGAAAGAGAACAUCAACUGAAGCUUCAAACAGUUUUGAUACAUCAACUAAAUCUCAAGCAAAAGAUCUGAAUUUUGAGAUGUAUUCUGUGGGAGAAGCUAUCAAGAAAACCAAGAAAGAAAUUGGUCGAUUGUUACAAUCUGUAAAUAGGAAUUCUGAAAGAAAUGAAGCAGCUUGUGCUCUCAUUAAGCAAAAGGUGGUUGCACAGAACAAUUUGCUUAAAAGUUUAGAAGCAAAAGAGAGAAGAAUUAGUGACGAAAUAAAUAAGAAGAAAAAUCACAGUAAAAUAGCAAUGUUUUAAUAAA